AUGGUUGAAGUGUUUUCCGGGCGGACACUCUUGAACAAAGAGGGGGAUUUUGUCGAUCCCGAGGAGGCUUUGCGGAAUAAAGUGGUCGGGAUCUACUUUUCUGCAGGAUGGUGCCCACCUUGUCGAGACUUCACGCCCAUCCUGUGCGAUUUCUACACGGAACUUGUGGAGGAGGGCGAGCCCCCUGCUCAGUUUGAAAUCGUUUUCGUAUCAUCUGAUAAGUCGAGCGAUGACAUGGUUGAAUAUUAUCAUGAUAUGCACGGAGACUGGCUGGCUCUGCCCUGGACGGAUGACUACAAACAUGAGCUGAGGCAGCGGUACAAGAUCACAGCAGUGCCUAAGCUGGUGAUAGUGAAGGAGAACGGUGAGGUGAUCACAGACAAGGGCAGGAAGCAGAUCCGGGACAAAGGCCUGGUGUGCUUCAGGACCUGGCUGGAGGCUGCAGAGGUCUUUCAGAACUUCAAGGGCUAGGAAAUGCGUGUGAGUGUGAGUGUGUGUGUGUAUGGAGGGAAGACACGGGAAGACGUCAACACAUGGGUUUCCUUGUGGCUAUAUAGGGCUACCAUAACAACAUUCGCUGACUUUGCAGGCGGAAGAUAAACUAAACUGAGCUUGCUGGAGAAAACAUAAUUUUGCCACUAGAGAGCUGAACAAAGCCAAAGUAAAAUCAAAUCUCAUUGUACAUUCACCGUAGCUGCUGACUAUUACAAAAAAUCCUAUGCAUAAAAGACAGACCUCAGGCCGUGAAAAAAAGGUAUUAGUGUGUAAUGCUCUGCCCAAAGGAGACAUGACGGUAUGUUGAACAUCAGUUUUCAACACCAGAUUUUCAUGACACAGACAGAAGCGGAUACUACAUACGCCUCCACCUUGCCUGUAUCUGUCUACCACAUGUUGACUUUACAUAGAGCUUGACAUGCAAUUCCAAAGGUGUGACUUAACCAUAUAUUCUAAGCUGCUUGUGUAUUUUUUAUAUAUAUUUUCUUUUAUAUGAGUUUGUAGUACAUGUUAUUAUUUUUAAAAAAAAGACUAUGCUGUGAUUUUGGACAUAUUUAAUGCCAUUGUCAGUGGUCACUGUGUUAAUAUAUUGAUCUUUACCUGAAAAUCUGUUUGUCCUACUGUGUUAUUGUGUUGCUAUGGUGUCAAGGAGCCUCUGUAAGCUUCACAGAGUCUGUGUGCAAACAGAGACUGAUUCCCCUGUGUCUUGUUAACCUGCAGAAAGCCCAGAGGACAGUGUCUCCAACAUGUUAGCACAGUCACCUUGCUCCUAAUUACUGUUUUCCCCUGUGUAUGCUGUCAGUGCUGUAAUUACUUUGUGAAUAAAAAAAAAAAAAAAAAUCCA